AUGCGUCGCAAUUCUGUAUACAAUAUGAUUCUCAAUGAGUCUGACUCUGAUGAUGAGUUAGAGAUAGUUAUAGUAGCCAAAAUGGAGGAAGAAUCAAGAUCACGUCAACGUCGUGUGUUCAUUAGGCGUAAUACUUUACAAGGCCACCAAAGGCUUUUUCUCGAUUAUUUUACUGAAUCACCAAUAUAUCCCCCCAAUGUAUUUCGAAAAAGGUUUCGAAUGAAUCGUUCUCUUUUUCUCCGUAUUCAUUCUACACUAAAAGCUCAUGAACCGUAUUUUGUUCAAAAAAGAAAUGGUGCUGGAGUGCUUGGUUUGUCUUCCUACCAAAAGAUGACUGUUGCACUUAGAAUGCUCGCUUAUGGAGUAGUGGUUGAUUUUAUGGAUGGAUAUGUAAGGAUUGGAGAAAGAACUGCAAUGAAAAGUUUAAAAAAAUUUGUUAAAGCGGUGGUUACAAUUUUUUCUGAUGAGUAUUUGAGAUCACCAAACAAAAAUGACAUUGCUAGAUUGCUAACAAUUGGCCAAAGUCAUGGAUUCCCUGGGAUGUUGGGGAGCAUUGAUUGUAUGCAUUGGAAAUGGAAGAAUUGUCCAACUGCGUGGAAAGGGCAUAUUCCUUCUGUCAAUUACUUAAUCAAUGGUAAUGAUUAUACAAUGGGAUACUAUCUAGCAGAUGGUAUAUACCCACAGUGGUCAACAUUUGUUAAAACAAUUCCAUCUCCGCAAGGAAAUAAGAGAAAGCAUUUUACUGCAGCUCAAGAGUCGGCAAGGAAAGAUGUAGAACGUGCUUUUGGAGUUCUUCAAGCACGAUUUGCAAUUGUACGUGGACCUGCACGUUCUUGGGAACGUAAAACACUAAAGAACAUUAUGAAGGCAUGCAUAAUACUACAUAACAUGAUUGUUGAGGAUGAGCGAGAUGUUAAUGAAGCAGAAGACUACGACUAUGAACAAAUUGAAGAAAAUCCCAAUGUAUCUGUUUCACAUGAGCAUACAACUGAACUAAUGGAAUUCAUUCGAUGCCAUCAUUGCAUUAGAGAUAGAGAAACUCAUUCUCAACUACAAUCGGACCUCGUCAAGCACUUGUGGGUUUUUGCUCUGGUUUUUGCUGAUUUUGCUGUUGAUGUGUGCUGUGCUGCUGGAUUUUUUGCUGUGUUGUAUGCUGUUCUUACGGGUGCUGCUUAUGAAGAAGUGCUGAGUGAAUUGGAAUAUGUAAAGCAAGAAUUGAGUAAACUCAAGGUCGACAUGGCUUCUGUUUUGGAAGAGAAAAAUCGUGCUGAGAAGGAAAUUGAAGUGUUGAAUUCAAGACUGACGUCAUAUUCAAGCUUUGGAGAAGCGCUUAAAAAAGAGAUCGAGGAGGUUAAUGAAGAACAAGUGAUGGUAGAAUUGGCUUGGAUUGAGGCUGUGAAAGAGUUAGGAGUCAUUCAAGCUCAAAGAAAAGAGGAAGAAAUGAAAACAUGUUAG